GGUCCGGCAACGACAUCGAAAGUGGGCGGUAUCGGCGAUGCUGGCCAUGACCACAACAUAGAACUCGAGAGCAUACUCCGAGAGCUUGGCCAUGUACUCCUGUUGAUCCAGGCCGUGCGGUGGCAAACUCUUCUGUACUUCUUAUCCAGCGUCUUAAUCCUCGCGAUCUCAGCGCGCUCCAGAUAACUAUGACGGCUUCUCCGGCGAACCUCAAACUGACCAUCGUUGGCAUCGAAAACAGGACUACGACAUUCACCGUGGAAGAUGGCAUGCUGGUCGUCGCGCGUCCCGGAGAGAAGAAGUGGCCGCGCAUCCGAACUACGCUCGGACAUGUCCUGUGGGCCGAAGUCAAAGGCGACUCGCUGGAAGUAUCGUUCUUGGCGAGGAGGAAAAGCACGUCGCCGCUCGCUGUCGUGCGCUUGACCGGCACGGUGCAAGAGGCAGAGGCAGAUCUAGCUUCUGCGUUCACGGAGUCCCUGAUGGAUGCCGCUUAUGCUGGUGUGAAGCGUCAGAGGAAACUAAAGGUGUUCGUCAAUCCCAAGAGCGGGCCCGGUAAUGGAAUAGUGUACUAUAAAAAGAGAAUCGAGCCUAUCUUCCAAGCUGCACGCUGUGCGGUGGACCCGACCUUCACUGACUAUCCGGGACAUGCACAGGAGCUCAUAAAAGAGCUCGACCUGGAACAAUGCGACGCGGUCGUGGUCGUGUCCGGAGAUGGCCUCGUGCAUGAGGUGAUCAACGGCUUCGCCCAACAUCGCGAUCCAGAAGGCGCAUUCCGUGUCCCAAUUGCGCCCGUCGCCUGCGGGUCCGGAAACGGUUUGCCGCUCAACCUCCUUGGACCGCAGGAUGGAUAUGAUGUUUGUGCGGGUGCCCUCAAUGCUAUCAAAGGGAAACCCAUGCACAUUGACCUGUGUUCGGUAACACAGAAAGACAAGACAGUCUAUUCAUUCAUGUCGCAGACCGUGGGUCUCUUUGCUGACCUUGACAUCGGGACUGAAUGGUUACGUUUCCUCGGAUCAACGCGUUUCGUGGUCGGCUUCGUCAUAGAAGUGUUGAAGAUGAAGCGUUGUCCGGUGAAGUUGUCCAUCAAAGUUGCGGACAGUGAUAAGAAACAAAUGGUUCAGAAACUCCACGGGUAUCACGCGAAGGCCAGAGCUUGCACUUCUCCAGCGGAAGUUCCCAUAUCCGCUGAAGAUACAGCAGCGGAUGAUGACUCCACCACUGCGCCUUCAUCAGCCCCGCCGCUGUCCCCUACAGAUCCCAAGGCUUCCUCGCCCCUCUCUCCUCCGGAUAGCGAGGGCUGGUCGACGUUUGUCAGGCCUCUGUCGUAUGUAUACGCGGGCAAGGGCCCAUACGUAUCGCGUGACUUGAUGCAGUUCCCCGUCUCCAUACCCGACGACGGGCUAGUGGACAUUGUCGCACAAGAAAUUACAACGCGGAAAGCCAUGAUCGACGCAAUGGACGAGUCUGAGCAAGGCAUGCAAUACUGGCUGGACACACAACAUUACUUCAGAGCAUCGGCAUACCGCGUGGAGCCAUAUUCGCCGAAGGGAUGCUUCUCUGUAGAUGGGGAAGAGUAUCCGUUUGAGCCUUUCCAGGUGGAGUGUCAUCGAGGCAUGGCCACUGUACUUAGUCCCUGCGGAUACUAUCAGGCGGAGUUCCGUCUUCCUGACGAAUCUAAGGCUAGUUAGUAUUCGCUGGGAAGGUCGCGGAGGUUUGUUGUCAUUAUGUUAAUGAAUGAGGUUCACGUGUGGGAUAUUUUACGAGCCUAUUUACAUUACACUGCGGCACUUUUUAAAACGUACUGGGCAUGAAAAUGCAUUAUCACCACUUCUCGUCGACUAUGCUGUUCACAAACAGGCAGCAAAUAUACAGGUUGGACCUGCAGCGGACUCGGAG